UUUAGACUUCAUCUGAAAAUAAAUAAAUCCUAAAACCAAUUGCUGAAUACAAAUGUAACGAAAAAAAAAUAAUAAAAAAAAAAAAAGAAGUAUACGGUGCUACAACACAUGUCAACAACCUUCGUGACAAAGAUGCAAGCUUUCUCUACCAGUGAAUUACUCACAACCUCGUAAAUGCAAUUCUUCUCUCUCUCGCUUAAAAACUCUAUCCAACUUUAAUGAACCCAAACUUACAAAAUCCAAACGUUUUCAGUUAGCUUCCCAGAAAGACUGCAGUCAUCAUAAAGUAUUCCUUACUUCCUUUUGGCAUUCAUACGCUCUGUCCUGAUCGAUUUCCCCGUUUACUUAAGACUUAGAAACGACGAAUUGUUAAGGUAUCCGUACUCCCCAUCUAAUCAUACUUCGCCCGUGUAGGCAUUUAACUUUGGUUCUCUAACAUGAGUCCUGAGGAAUCACCAACUGUAACUUCUAAACGUAUUUCCUCAGUAACGCCGUACAAAAAACUAGUUGGAUCAUUGUCAAGCAAACGGCUUUACACCCCGUCAUCUUCAAAAAUUAAUCGUGCUUCGCUCAAGGGAGGAAUUACCCCAUAUAAGCAACGAGCAUUAAUUCUUCAGAAUUCAGUAAAGAAACGUCGAACACUAUCGUCAUCGGCCGGGAAAGCAUUCACAAAAACUCCUCGUGACAAUUUGCGACUCCUCAGCCGAAUGCUUGCGAAACAUCCUGAACCAUCACCUUCUUCAGCUGAAAACACACCGCUUCCAUCACGAUAUUCCUCUCAUGCAGUGGAUUCUGUGCGACGCAGACUUUCGUCGCGGAGUAAUUCGCAGCAAUCUACUCCAAUCCGUAAUAGACGAAACCUUUCUCAACAACAUGAAAAUGCUAUAGAAGAAGAUGCCGAAAUCAGUGUCCAAAGUAUCGAAGCUCCUAGACGAGCUUUAAAUAAUCGACUCAGUGAACUAUUGACUCCCGAUGUUCGAAGAAUUAGUUCCUCGUCGUUCGUUUCGAUGACAACGAACAAGCAAGCUUAUUUUAAGCCAUCCAAGGACCGGUUGUUGGAUGUAGGAGGUGAUGAUGAUAUUGAAGAGCCUGUUUACCAUGUUUCAUUAUCUGGUAUCGAACCAGACCAAGAUCCAGAAACUAUACGCGCCGCUGAACGUUCCUCUCUCAAAAGUCCCAUUUUCACACUGCCCGACGAUCUUCUCCGAGAUGAUUCUCUACCUUCCAUACGCCACGAGCCCUCUAUUAGAAUGUCUGCUUCAUCGGCUCAACUAUCUAUUCAUUUAGAUGAAGCACUUGCAGAGGAGCAACAGGCCGAGCGUGAAAACCAACAUGUGCUUGAAGCAGAUCAACUUGGCUCACCUAUUCUUCCCCCGCUUGAUGAUGAACAGCAAGAGAUCCCUAGUCUUCAUGAUAUCAAUAUUUCACCUUCAGCUUUUCCGCCUGUAGAGACAAUUGCAGAAUCUGCAGCUGCACCACAACAUCCGAAUGAUCCACCUUUCCCUAAUCCUGUGUUCCGAGUCCCUAAACGGACUCACGCAAAUGAUUGCUUUCUUCCAACUAUCGCAAUCCGUAAGUUAGCACAUCGGUUCUCUUCUCGGAAACUUUCGGCUUCAGCCAUGGACCAUCUUGUGUCAAUCUCUAACAAGUUUAUGUCUCAAAUGCUUCAUGACCUGGAGACCUAUGCCGACCACGCAAGUCGAAAGACCAUAAACUCGGAAGAUGUGAUAUUGUUGUUGAAAAGACAAAGGAAGAUUACAAAAAAAACGUCUUUAGAAGCAUUGGCUUUGCAGUAUCUGCCUCGCGAAUUGGUUGCUUCUGUUACACAAGGCAAGCAAAAGCCAAAAUGAUGAGUGUACCAUUUACUAUAUAAGCUAACUUUGGUUAAUUCACAUCAUUUCUUAAUGUCUUCAAUUUCCUUACUAUAAAUCUUAAUGACCAAUAGUUUUAUUUUUUUCUAUUAAUGAAUUUCCUUCAACCAAUAUCCCAAAAAAAUAUAGUUUAUAUAAUAUAAUCUGUAGAACAAUAUAUCCAAUAAAUUAAUCUAAUAAAGUC